CUAGACACACACACACACACACACACAUGUGUCACUGCGGCUCAUGUUCUCUCUCGGUUUUGAAGAACCUCAGCUUUCAGUCUGGUGUUACAAUGUCCUUCUCUCAAGUUUAACAUUGAACUUUGUACCACAGAACAAACAGGUCCGAUUUGUUUAUGUUUGACCAAUCAGCCUGCUUGGUUUACAAGAAUCAGUCAGAGGGACCCAACAAAGUGAACCUUGUGAUUUGUCAUUUAUUCUGAAACGGGACAGCUACGUGUGGUCAUCAUGAACAGAGCAUGGGUUUUGUUCAAAUCCCAUCCAUACAUCUCCAAUGUGGUGGGAUACACAACGCUUUUUGCCACAGCAGACCUCAUUCAGCAAAGCAUGAUGGGAAAAGCUCAGGAUAAAGGGACAGUGCACAAACCGGAUCCAGUGGGACGAUAUACCUCCAACACUUCCAGUGAGGAAUGUCCUGUGGCUGGAGAAGCAAAGACAGAUGAUGAUAGCAAAAUAAGGGACUCGGAAGGAAAUAUAAAAGCUUUGGAAAGAAAUAAAACAUCAGCUCCAGUACAACAUGCUCCGCAGCUUCACAGCAUCAACUGGGCCCAGACUGCUCGGGUGGCACUGGUUGGGUUCUGUUUUCAUGCCAACUUCAAUUACCAUUGGCUACGGGGACUGGAGAGGAUGUUUCCAGGAGGAGGGAUCAGAAGAGUGUCACUUAAAGUGUUUCUGGACCAGCUUUUUGCAGCUCCUAUGACAAUAAGUGCUUUCUACAUUGGGCUGAGCACAUUGGAAGGCGCAGAGGAUCCCCUUGAAGACUGGAGAACUAAAUUUUGGACCUCUUAUAAGACUGGAGUAGUGUAUUGGUCCACAAUGCAGGCUGUGAACUUCUCGCUGAUCCCGCCGGUGGCUCGUACAGUUUUUGUUGGAGGAGUCGCUCUUGGCUGGACUGUCUUCUUGUGUCAUUUCAAGCAACAGAAGAGUGACUUCCUGACUUAGGCUUUAUUCUGCAGCUGCUUGGCUUUGAAUUUAGCCAAAACAUGGUCUUUAAUCAACAUAUGCAACAUACAAUGCAUAUAUGCAACUAUGUACAUAUUACAUAUAAGGGAUGCAAUAAAUCUGGCUGAUGUUUUAAA